AUGACAUCUUACUGCCCCCGAUGCCAAAAAAGCUUUCCUUUUUUUUCAGCCAGACAGCAGCAUAUUAGAGACUCCCUCAACCAUCACAUCUGCCAUAUCUGCUCACCUCCUCCUGAUUAUGCGACGGAAGAUGAACUAGAUGAGCACCUACAAGAUGAGCACAAUAUUUGCGUCACUUGCGAUAAGCAAUUCAAUACUCCUCGUCAGCUUGUUCAACAUGAUGUCGCGAAACACAAUAUGUGCAUGGCUUGUCGAAAGUAUUUUACUAGUCCUUCAAAUCGGAACAGCCACAUGAUAACCCACGUUGAAAAGAAUAUUAUCUGCCCGGGGUGUUCAUCUCGGUUUUCCAGGGAUUCCGCGGUGUUAUUGCACCUUGAAGCUGGAACAUGCGUUUCCGGCGUUGAUAUCGAGGACGUAACCCAACUGGCAUUUGAUUGCGACCAAGCAGAGGAUUAUACCUCGUAUGAUCCUGACUUUGAUUUCAAAUGCCCACGUUGCCAAACGUCAUUCGCCUUUAUAAGUGGCCUUCUGCAGCACGCUGAGAGUGGUUGCUGUGAUAAAUUGAUGGAAAGAGAUAGCUCACUUGGCAAAUUUCUUCGCUUUGUCAGAUCUUGCAUUGCCUCAGCCACAUAA